AUGUCUCAGACAACUUUGAGCCAGAAGGAAAACGAACUCACCAACGUAUUGACUGGUGUCGUGGGCAAACGAAAGCGUGGCAACCAAGGAGACUUCAAGGGGGAGCGCCUUCAAUACCUCAAUGACAUGCUGCCUCAAUACCGGAAGGCCUCAAGCAGCGGCGCCGUCUCAACCUGGUUUACAAAUACGUUCUUUCCCAAUUACUUUCGGAAAUUCCCUUGGUUCAUUCCUGCGGAGGACGACAUACCUGAGGCGUUCAACAUUGCUCUUGAAGAAUCAAAGCUCACUCCUGAAGUCGCAAACAUGAAGUCCGAUACCGUCAACAGGCUAGUCAAGAAAAUCAAGAACUGGUUCAACUAUCGUCGAGCUUCUUUAGGCUUGAACACGAGCAAGGAUCCUUGGGGGCCAUGGCUUGAUAAGCUCCGUAAAUCCGACCAUCCUCGACCACAACGACUUAGGGAUUGUCAGUAUUACGAACGGACGGAGCCCUAUAAGUCAAAGGUUGCCGCAACGCUGGACGAGGAAUGGCCGACACUAAACCUGCAUGAAGACUAUCGUUUGGCAACACGGAACAAGAUCGCAGAGAGACUGCUGCGUGCGGAGCCGUCGGACGUUCAGGAGCUCAUCAACAAGGAGACGCAAAAGCAGUACGAUGACACUCUGAAGGCAUACAGCAAGGGGGUCUGGACUGAAGAUGUUACGGAUCCCGACGAACGUGAAAUGGCUAUCGAAAGUAUAACGCCGACUAUUCAGCCCCUACUUGACGGAAUUCGUGCAAUUACUGGCCUUUACAUCGGCUUCUUUGCUGUCGGCAUGCCUAAAGACAAGGAGGUCAGCCCAGAAAAGCUUCGGGCGGACGAGAAGUCGUUCCCCUCCCUCGAUCCCAAGGGAUUCAAGCAGGCUAUGAAACUCUUUGUUCGAUUUGCGCUAACCGCUUCCGGUAGUAAGUGCUAUAGCUUUUUCAACUCUGUCCAUUAUCACCACGUUACACAGAUGGAGCAGAAGCGGGCUCCUCCAAUGAGCAGGAUCUUGCCGACUUACUGCCUACUUUCGAAUGUUUGGACGUCGCCAACGCCAACGCCUACCACCUCUCCAACCAAAGUCACCGCUGCCACUGGGCCCGCCAAAACUCCAUCACGCCACCCUAGUGGGCCUCAAAUCACUCAACCUAGGCCCAAAGCCAAUGCAGUGGCCCCCACACGUGCUGGCCGGGCUUCAUUAUCUGACGAGGCCCUCCUGCAGAAAGCAAUCGACCUUGCGGAGCGUCGACUUGCUGAUGCUGGAGUUGACGUUGGAGAAGAUGGUGUUGGACCCGAGCUACUGGAGGAUGUAGCCAAACUUGCGCUGUCGGCACAGGAGAAACGAAUCAAGGAACUUGCCAAGCUUUCCAACUACGAGCUCCAGCGCUGCAGCAACAUUGCCCGCAAUGAGCGGCUUCUUCAAUCACUAGGACUCAAGGACCACGGCCUCUUUGACAAACAAAAGAAGCGGCCUCGAGAGCCAUCCACACCUCCUGCGGACGACGACGAUUAUGCGCCAGACUCAGGCGUGCCCGACUCAGGCAAUGAAUCAAAAAGAUUGAGGCCGGCCGCUCCCCCUCGUCGAUCGAAUAGAGGAGGCAAGUCAGCUGCAGCUCCUGAUAAGGACCAUUCCCUUCCCAAUCCCACUACUCCCCCUCGUCGAUCGGAUAGAGGAGGCAAGUCAGCUACAGCUCCUGAUGAGGACCACCCCAAUCCUACUUCUACUCCCACUCCCCGUCGAUCGAAUAGAGGAGGCAAGGCAGCAUCAGCUCCUGACGAGGACCAUCCCAAUCCCACUACUACUCCCACUCCUCGUCGAUCAAGCAGAGGCAAGGCAGCAUCAGCUCCUGACAAGGACCAACCCCAUCCCACUACUCCCACUUCCAGCCUGUCUCGUCCAAACUCUCCUCCAAACGACCCGCAGCCUGACAAUGACCCCAACGACGACUCCACAUCUGAGGCAGGUGGCGAUGAUCCAGCGCCUGCAUCGUCUCAAUCCGAUGACAUUCGACCGGCAUGGUUCACGAAAGCCUACAAUGCAUUUACGGAUGCCGAAAAGAAGAACCGGCACCACAACGAGUACUACGGGCCUAGAUGGACAUCCCUUCUACAGGCUUGGGAAACCGUAGAGGCGCUAAAUAACUUUCAGGCAGGGGACGUUAAACUUCCAGAUUCAUCCACAUGGCCAGCAGAGGUAGCCAAUUGGAUCAAGUCGGCACGCUACUACCACAGAACCCCGGCCAGCCUUACCGAUGUUGAUGCGUUCGCCAAGCAGUGGUGGAAGUGGUGGGCUGAGCUCAAUCCAGAUUGGCGUAUAAAGGCUCCCGACGGAACGUUGCAGAAGGCUGGCUCAGGGGAUUGGGAGUCCAUGUGUGCUACUGGGCACAAGGGUAUGAUCAACGUCAUCGUUUGCUUGUGGUGGUGGAGGGGAUUGACUCCUGAGACAUCCCCUGCAUUGAAGAGCUGGAACAAGGCCGUUGCGGACGUUACUUGGGCGUUGCACCUGGAGCAAAUGCUGUAA